GGCUGGGAGAUUGAGGAAAAGGAAAUACUGUCGAUGGUGGUUUUAUAAAAUGAAUGUAUACCUAUCGGGAGGAAAGUGUUUUCAAUGUAUUAUGAAAUACAAGUGAUAAUUGUUAGCGCCACAUAGUUAUGUUCAUCGUCUUCAGACAGUUUUCCCCCUCAUCGAUGAUAAAUAUUUAAUGUACGAAGGGACACGGCAAAUCGUUCAAGAGUCCGGCAUGUUUGUAAGAGUUUGGUGCGCAACUCUAUCGUGGGAUGAAUGAGGAAGAAUUAUUGAAGCGGUCAGCUGCAGAGCGGGAUAGAAUAUUCAGCUGCUAUGACCGGGGUAGAGAAAAUGGAGCUAAAAUCGAUCCGUGGGAGGAUCCGGGUUUUGAAGUUUAUCACACAACGGACAGAUAUGGAUUUAUGCACGACAAGCGGUUACCACAGAAAGUGGAUCCGAACGAAGUCAAACUACGGCACGUUGAAAUGGAGAGAAUAAAGAAGUGGAUAAAAAUGCUGAAACAAUGGGAGAGCCCCGCAACCGUAGACAAGCUCCGACGUAGAAUAUACAAGGGCAUUCCAAAUAGUCUAAGAGGUCAAGUAUGGAUCAAGCUUCUCGGUAUACAAAAUCUGAAGCAAGAACAAGCUGGAAAAUACGAAGAAAUGCUCAGACUUGCUCGCCAAUGGUCCACUGAAAUUAGGCAAAUCGAUGCGGACGUCGCCAGACAGUACAGAGAUCAUAUCAAUUACAGGGAAAGAUAUAGCCUUAAACAGAGAUCCAUGUUCUACGUCUUAGCGGCGUACAGUAUGUACAACAUGGAAGUUGGAUACUGCCAGGGAAUGUCAGUUUUGGCCGGUCUACUUCUACUGUACAUGGACGAAGAAGAUGCAUUCUGGGGACUCUCCGUUCUCCUUGCGGAUAAAAAGUACAGCAUGCAUGGAUUUUACGUCGACGGAUUUCCAAAGCUAAAUCGAUUCAUCGAGCAUCACGAUAAAAUCAUGACCAAAUUUUUGCCCAAACUGAAACGCAAGUUGGACAAAUGCGGCUGCGACUCUAUUUUGUACGCGCUAAAAUGGUUCUUCGUGGUUUUUCAAGAGAGGACGCCCGUCAGUCUGGGACUUCGCAUUUGGGAUGUAUUUUUGCUGGACGGAGAUCGGGUGCUGCCACCGAUGGCGUAUUCCGUGAUGAAGAUGCACAAGCGUUUCUUAAUGCCGAUGGAAAGUCUCGACGAAUUUUGUGGCUACCUUCAAAUGAAAUUGGAGAAAAACUUCGGCUUCGACGACGACACCGUGAUCAGUGCUAUGGAGCGCAGCAUGGAGGAAUUGAAACGUUCUAAAUUGGAUUACCCUGGGCCGCCUCUUCCGCACGAGCUGCCAAGGCAUCCGUUUGGGAUGUUUAAGGAACCGUCGUUCACGAGCAAGGUGGGCAGGAGGAGCGAAGAAUUCAGCGAGGCCCAACACGUAAUGCGAGAGUCAGUUGCACACCGUAGAGAUAUUGCAGUUACCGAAGAUCACAGAGAAAAUUCUACCCCGGUUGACCCUGCUGGUUGCGGUGGCCUUGGUGGGAGCAAGUUUUCCUUUGACCCAAGCAUGGACGAUGGAGGUUCGCCGAAUGGUUCUCGUCGUUCGCUAGCUGACACAUCGGUUACCUCGACAGCAGAUCUGUCAGUUUUCAGUUCGGCGACUCGUUCUCAGGCCCUAGAUAAUAGCCUCGAUACUCAGAGCAACGUUUCAGAUGGUAGUUCAGGAAGCGGAGGGUUACCAACGCCCAGAGCGACUCCACAUCAGCCGAGUCCUGACGUUGUAAGAAUUUAUGUACCUUACACACCUCCGUCUCCAGCAUCUUACAAAGAUGAAUCUCUUCCACGCACGCUACCGAGGUCACUAGAAACUAAUAAAAUUCGUAUACGUGUCGACCCCGAUCAAACGCCUGUAGUAGAAAAUCUAAAACCUUUUGCUUUAGAGAGCCCGGAGCUUGAGUUGGACCUGAAGUAAUAUAAUUGUCUAUUUUCUUCUUAAUAUUAACUGUUCUAAAAGCAAAAAAAAAAAACUAAAAACUAAAAAAGAAACUAUAAUCUUGAACAAAGUAUUAUUCAGAAAAAAAAUUAUAAUUAUUGAGAAAAGGGUGAGACAAAAAACAACAACAACAAGAAACAAACGUAUUGUAACAUAGCUGAUUACCCGAUACUGUUGAACAGAUAAUUAUCAUAGUAUUAUUUUAGCUAUUUAAGGAUAAAAUAAACGUGGCAAACAAAAUAACUCAUAUACGUUCCAAAGUAUAUUCAGGAUAGAAUUGAAUCUAUGGUAAAAGCAAAAGGAAAAAAAAAGGAAAAAUAUAUUCAAAUCGAUUAAUGAAAAUUCCAAAAUUCGUGUACGCUGUUCUACUGAAUUAUUAAAGAGAGAAAAUAAUCAGUUACGUAAAAAUAAAAAAUAAUUAUACUAAAACAAACCAGUUGGCGAAUGGAUCGGUGUGAGAAUGUGAAGAGAAGAGAAGAAGAAAAAAGAAACAAACAAAAUAAGAAUGAUCAUUACUUGUGGUGAUAUUGGAGUAAAACUCAAAAAUUGACGUCGAGCCAAAAUAAGAGAAACAAAAAAAUAAUGAUAAUAAAAACUAAAGA